CGUCUUCAAAAGCAACCAACGUUGAAUAACGAAAGCCGUACAAUUCAUUCCGAGUCGGACCAAGUUGUCCGUUCCUGCCGAAAUGGCGACCGUCACAUUCGCACCCCAGCAACUCCGAUCCUUCUUCUUCCUCCUCCUCUUGGCCACCGCGCCUUCGCCGACCCACUCCCUCUCCUACUCUCAGUACAAAACCCUCUUCUCCCUCGCCCACUCCCUCGCCGCCCGCGUCGCCAACCUCCGCGCCUCCCGCGGCGACGUCGCCGGAGCUGACCGCGCCAGGGCCAUCUCCCAGAGGCUACGGCCCGGUCGGUGGCUGGGGCUCGGGUUCUGGCGGUCGGCGUGGUCGGUGGGGUGGGACUACGCCCGCAACUACGCGUGGGGCUGGAGGGACCUCGAGUACCGUGAGAUGUACGGCGCCGUCCCGGAGCUGAGCGAGCUGCUGAGUCUGGUGGGGGAUUUCGCGAGGGCGGAGUCGGCGGCGGAUAGGGCGAGGUGGAUUGGGAGGAAUUACGGGAACGCCCUGCGGGUCUCGAAGUCGGUCUUCGUGAGGCUUCUCAGAGUGUUCAGCAAAUCGGGUCCACUGAGGGAGGUGGUAGAGACCAUGCAAAAGGAAGUGGUGGAUGGUAAUUUCCUGAGGGAUUGUCUGGAAUUGGGAAGUAAUGACUUGAAAGGACUAAUCCAAAUUUUGAAGGAUCUUACUUCUGAAUAUUCCUCGUCACCUGAUCAUGGCCAUGAUCUCUAGAACAUCGCCCAGGACUUGUAUUUGGAACCAAGCUGAAGGUCACUGGGUAAGCACUAUGUCUGAGGAACAUAGAGAAGUAGAGAACUCCGAUUGCUAGGUGUCGUCUUAGUCAUCCUGUUAUUGUUUGGGGUUUCUUCAGCAUCUUUUCUGUGGUGGAGAGCAGUGAAUAGUUCUCACUUGUAAAGAUGUAAUUCUUUGUCUUUAAUGGGAUAGUUUUCAAUUUC